AUGCUCUGGUUCGUUCUCUUCUAUUCCCUUUCACUUCCAACAACCUCCCCACCGGCCCCAACUGAGCGUUCUCAGACAGCAGCUGGGGCAAUGGAUUCGCGAAAGAAUAAGGCCUACUUUCAGCGAUUCUGGAACUGUUUCGACGCGACAAUGCUAUUCUUUAUUUGGGCAUCAUUGGCCUUACAUUGUGUGGAAAUCUAUAUCUCAUUUCAAUGUCCCACAAAACAAUUGCAUUGUCCAAUAAGUGAACGCUUUUGGCAAAAUUACGGGUUUAUGACAAUUAUUCGUUGCCCCAGACCAUUGAUACUGAUUCGUAGUUUUCGAACCGCGAUCAAACUUCAACUUCCUCAGGCUCGAGUCAAGGCGAUCUUUCAGCGUUCUACACAUCAGAUGUACAACGUGACUCUGUUCCUGUUAUUCUUCAUGUCUCUGUACGGAUUUUGGGGUGUGCAAUUUUUCGGAGAUGAAUUGAACUAUCAUUGCGUUCUGUCCACGGCGAAUGAAAGUUACAUAACAAAAAAAGAUCUGGCCAUCCCGGACUCGUACUGCAACCCCAAGAAACCAGCCGAGGGACAAUGUCCGGACAAUAUGAAGUGUAUCCGGAUCACGAGUUCUAUUCAGGAUGAUGGUGGAUAUGCCGGAUUUGAAAAUUUUCAUAUCAGCAUCUUCACUGUCUAUCAGGCCGCAUCUCAAGAAGGUUGGGUGUUCAUCAUGUACCGUGCAAUGGAUUGUCUUGCUUCAUGGAAGGGAGUGGUCUACUUCAUGUCAAUGAUUUUUCUAGUCGCAUGGCUUGUCAAAAAUGUGUUCAUUGCCGUCCUCAUUGAGACGUUCGCUGAGAUUCGAGUACAGUUUCAACAAAUGUGGACGCCCAGACACGCGGCUGAUGCAGACUCGUCCAAAACCAUACUCAAAUCAACCGGAUUCAAUGUGGUCAUUAUGGUUCUGGUGUUGGCCAACGCGAUCACCGCAGCCGCGUUGCACUUCAACCAUCACAGUAUGCGUGAUGACGGUGGGUUGGAACAGUUCAGUCAACUUGAUGGGUUCUACUUUGCCGAGAUUUUGUUUACAGUGUUUUUCAAUCUAGAAGCCAUGUUCAAGAUUUGGUGUCUCGGUUGGUGGAAUUAUUGGCAUCGAUCCCUGUUCAAAUUCGAACUAUUCCUCUGCGUCGGCACAAGUAUCCACUGUAUUCCACAACUCUAUCGAACGGAACUAACAUACUUGGCAGUUUUACGAACCGUUCGUCUGAUCAAAGCCUCCCCAAUGCUUGAAGACUUUUGUUUCAAGAUCUUUGGACCGGCCAAAAAAUUGGGCAGUUUAAUCUUGUUCACCACCUGUUUCCUGGUCAUCACAUCCACAUUCAGUUUGCAGUUGUUCUGUUUCUUCCAAGCAUUCGACUCCAGUUUUGAUCGAUUCUCCACAUUUCCCAAAGCAUUCAUGUCCAUGUUCCAAAUCCUCACGCAAAAAGGUUGGGUUGCUGUGAUGCAUGACACAAUGGAUGUGGUUGAGAACCAGACGGUGAUUACUGGUGUGGCAAUAUAUUUCGUAUUCUACCAUUUGGUGGUGACCUUGAUUGUACUCAGUUUAUUUGUGGCCGUCAUUCUGGAUAACUUGGAACUGGACGAGGAUAUCAAAAAAUUAAAACAGCUUAAACUUCGCGAAAUGAGUGCCGAAACCCAACAGAAAUUACCGAUGCGCUUGCGAGUGUUUGAAAAGUUUCCCAAUCGACCACAAAUGAUCCAGCUUACUCGAUUGGUAUCCGAUUUCCUGAUGCCCAAAAUUCGAGAUAGCUUUAUGCGGCAAUUUGCGGCUGUAUCGGCACUGGAAGAGGUGGAAGAUGAAACAAUUGAGGAAAUGUUAUCGUCAAUGUCCAGACCGGCUGUCAGUUCCACCGAGACACAGACUGUGGCUAAUCGAAUAAAGGGUCUAUUUGAACCAACGGGAAAUAGUGCUCAGAUGGAGACCAUUCGGGCCAUCAAGCGCAAAGUCCACGGACUUCAUGGGCAGGAGAAAGUUAGAGCAAUCGUUUAUUUGCUCAAUGAAUCGAACAAAACCCGCAUGUUGAAUGCGGAACAAACAACCAACACUGGGACUCGAUCGCUUCUAUCCACGCAACAUCAGAUUCGACUCGACCGAAGGAGUGUUCGGCAUCGUACCGGAAAUCCCGUGGGCGGUCCCAAACCAUAUCGGGCCAAUGGGGAAAUUCAGGCUAAUCAAUCGCGAGCGACAUCGAGAGAAGCGGAACCACGUACCACUUCCGGCGAUCGUUCCAGUCGUGUCGAUAUCAAAAUGUUGCAACAGAAAGCCCAAAUGGCUGAAAUUAAACGUACACAACAAGAAGUGGAACUACGGGAGAACCAUCCAUUUUUUGAUCGACCGUUGUUCGCCCUGGGAAGAGACAACAGAUUCAGACACUUUUGUUUGUUGCUUGUCGAGGCACGACAUAAAAGCGGCGACUCAUCUGAUUCCACAGACAAUGGCAGUUCACUGCAUAAACUUCUCGGUCAUGUGACUUAUUUGGAUGGAGUGGCGAUCUUCGUUACCAUAUUGUCCUGCGUUUCCAUGUCCAUUGAAACGCCACAUGCCCGAUUAAUGAAUACCCCUCAGGUGCAGAUUUGUGAAUACAUUUUCUUCGUCGUGAUGACCAUCGAGAUGACAUUGAAAAUUUUGGCAAACGGUUUAAUUUUCACGCCCAAUGCUCUGCUAAAGGACUUUGGGGGAUUUUUGGAUUUCUUCAACUACAUUGUGAGUUCACUUAAUUUCAACAAUCUUUUUUUGGCUAAAUUUUGCUGGACCUUUUUGCAAGCGAUCAGUCUUAUCUUUGUCAGCUAUAUGAUUCGCGUAGAAGAGAUUGGACCUGGUUCCGGAGGGCAUAUCCUCAUGGUACUGCGCUGUUUAAGACCAUUGAGGAUAUUCUGCCUAGUGCCAAAAAUGCGUCGAGUUGUUUACGAAUUGGUGCGCGGUUUCCGUGAAAUUCUCAUGGUUUCCGUUCUACUGGUCGUAUUCAUGUUCAUGUUUGCCGUAUACGGAGUUCACCUGUUCGGAGGCCGUUUAGCCAUUUGCAAUGAUCGCAGUAUUACCAGCAGAGUAAGUCCAUACCCUAAAAACUAA